AUGGAGAAAAUGGAAUAUUACCUACUCUUCACUCUUUUUACAUGUCUGGACUGUUUUUCUGCAAAUAACCAGUGCGGAUUAAGUAGCAUGGGAGGUAUGGCUCUUAAUUAUUUACGUUUUCAGGAUAUGAUUAUGUCAGCCCUCCAUAUUUGCUAUGUCCUGUGCGAACUAAAUCACCUUUCAGAGUUAACUUCCACAAAAACGAAAUUGUGAAAAACAGAAGAUAGUAACCAUUGUUGGUUCCCUUGAGUACCACAAGCCAUCCAAGAUCAUUGUAUUUCGGCGGCAUUUACCUUUGUAGCCUUUCUAAGAGUGAUUGUCCCCUGGAAUAUAUUGUUUACUCUCUUCACAAUAUAAUUGUUUGAUAUCAACCCUCACGUAUUGUGAGUAAAAGAAUAUUAGUUUUGACCAUCUCUCGUAAAAGAAAAAAGGUCGAAAGAAAUUAACUUUUUGGAAAUGUAAAUGCCGUACAAAAGGCUUUCGCGAUGAAGACAAUUUGACUGAAUUACUACCCGUAAUAUGGAAAGGUUUGCCACCUGUUUAUGCUUUUUUGACAUAGCUGAUUAUAUUUCUCAUUGGUUUCUUUAUUCCUUCUUCCUCCCUCAGAUAAUUGUCGAGUGAUUGAAUUCAAAGAAGGAACAAAAAAUAAGAUCUUAACAAAUCACGUCAUUAGGAGAGAUCAACUGCCAGACAAGGAUAUUUGUGAAUUGAGAUGCUAUCUUGAACCAAACUGCGUGUCCUACAACUAUGGUCCACUGUCAGAUGGAACAUUCACAUGUGAGCUGAAUGACAGGACCUACUUACAAGUCCCCGACUCCCUCGAAGACAAAAGCGGAUUUGUGUACACAGAAAUUUUUGUAAGUACGGCCUGGUAACAUUCAGUUUUACAAAGGUGAUCAGUUUACGGGUAAAAAAACUCGGGUACAGUGUUGUUCCGUUUGAUGUUAUUUAUUUAUUUAUUUAUUUAUUCAUCAUGUUUUAAUUGAUUUAUUGUAGAAAUUGAUCUAUUUUCUUCUUAUCUUUUCAGAAUUCUUGUGAGAGCAUUCCAUGCGCCCAUCACGCCACCUGUCAAGCGGGGUUUGGUAACCAUGGAUACCGCUGUAUUUGUCCUGCUGGAUAUCGAGGAGUUCAGUGUGAAACAGGUGAGGAAAAAAACAUCUAAUGAUAAAAAGAUGAGUUCAGACAGUUCAAUAUUUAAUUGAGUUUACAAUAAAGUUAACCAGCUAUAAUUGCCAAAAAAUUAUGCGUCCAAUGUUAAGAUGGGGAAAAAACAGGAGAACAGGCGUAAGAAUCCUGACUAAAAAGAUGUGAAAAGGACAGGCAGGAAGAGGAACAGAAAGAAAAGUACACAGAUACACAGGGCCACUUUCAUAAAGUUGGAAGAAAUGUCUUAUAGUGGAGAGUUUUUAGCUUUGGUUUUUUUUCUUAAAUUCUGUGAAGAUGUUGAUGAAUGCCUAUUAGGAAAACACGAUUUUCCUGCUGAGCACGAAUGUGUCAAUAAUUUGGGUUCAUAUCAGUGCUCACAUUGUCGACCUGGAUAAAUUGACGAUGGAGAGACCUGUCAAGGUAAGAUUUGCAUACAAUGAAGAAGACAACAAAGACAAAAAGAAAAACAGUGGACACACAUAUAAAGACCAGCAACAAUGUAAUGGUGGUGACAGUAAGUCUUGCAUAUCGAAUAAGAGAAAGUUGAUAAAAUUAGGUCAGCUACCAUUUAUAUCUUAUUCAGACAGACAGACAGAGAUUGACGACAGAAAGUAGCAGAUAUAUGGGGAUACGAGAGGUAACUGAGUGGCAUGUUCAAGCCACAGAUGCGCACUUAUCCCAUGGUGGUGGUUACGCUUACUCUGUAGGCAUAUAGGCCACCAAGAUAGAUAUCAUCUACAGCUCAUUAGGCCUUGUUAAGAAUAUCUAUCUAGGCCAAAGGCAGAGGCCAAAAACAAAGACGAAAAAAGCCGAACGUGGCUACCAACUUGUUAGCUUUUUUUCUCUUCUUUUCUACUAUUAUCACUUCACUGCACAUUCCAUGCCUAACAAAGUUUGUUGAUUACAAAGUCUUCAAAUAUGGCAUAAGCAGAAUUUCCACGGAUGGAGUUUGCUACACUUACUGGCCUCUAGCUCUAUUGGAUUUCAUUCCCCUAUUUAUGAGAAAUUUCACGCGAGGUGUACUUUGCCUAAAGUUCGUUUAGUCCUUCAAUUUUUACCAUUUGAUUUUACUGUGUUUAGAUAUCGAUGAGUGUGACGAUGGUAGCCAUGACUGUCGUGAUGCGGCCAACUGUAAAAACACCGCUGGAUCAUUCGACUGCAGCUGUCAGUCUGGACACCUUGGAGAUGGACGGCACUUUUGCUCAGGUAUAUCUUGAUUUCUAACUGAACACGAAAUCUUAUUUAAGUAACCUACGCUACACUUUUUCCACCUCUUUACACCAUAUCAACAGAAGAAAGCUGAAAGAUUUGAUUUAUCAAUCGCCAAAGUGUUGUUAAUCAUUUAAGUGGGGCUUGCAAUUGUGCAAUACAAGCUAACGCAGCUAACGCUCAUAUCUGUCACAGAUUUGUCAUAUUCAAUGAGGCGUCCUUCUGGUCAAGAAAAUUGCAAUUUUCGACACCAUUUAAGCGCGGCGAUACUUAGCAAAAUACUAAUCUGACUAAUCUUGUCUGGACAAUUGCAAAGUGAGAAUUUUUUUCUAACUUCUAUCGACAAGCUCUUUAUUUCAAUCAAAACCUUUCCUAGACCUGACAUGCUAAUAUCAUUUUUAAAACCUAUCGAUUUUCUUGAUAGAUAACUGGAAAAAGAUCAACACCGAUCCUGUUUGCUUUGGGACAAAAAAUGGCGACUUCGGAUCCUUUCAAAUCCAAGAAGCCGGUAAAAUCUACACUUUCAAACUUGUCCAUACAAAAGGUACCGUAAAUUGUGAUACUGACUACGAAUCAACAAAGUGGGGAUGUUUACACCCAUAUUUGAGAAAUCAUAGACUACUGACGGUGAUAACUUACCCCAACAAGACUGUUCUUCCACUUGCUGAGUUCGCGAAAGGUAGUGUUGACUAUAGCUACCGACUUGACGGUGCUCAUGUCAACUCCCCGACGCUUGUGUUUAACUUGCUCCCCACCCCUUUGGUUGUGUCGAUUGGACAGCAAUUGCUAAUAUGGUAUGGGCAAGACCUGACUAAUUUUACUGAGUACAAUAAUGCUGGUGAGACAUGCACAGAUGUUUACGCUUUGUACCCUUCACCUGAACUUCAACAUUGA